AUGAUUCAGAAUACUAAUAAAAUCUUGGAAUAUAUAUCUUACUUAAAUAUCUAAGUAAUGCCAUUGAACGAAUCAGAAGUAACAAAAUCUUAAAGCGAUUUGCAGGAGAGUUCCAAAAAGAUUUAAAAGAAAGCAGGCCAUUGGAAUUAGGAAGAACACGAAUCAUAUCUUCGUUUUUUGCUAGAGAAUGCGAAUCAUAGCAAGGGUCAAAGAUUAUUCAAAAAGAUGAGUUAAAUAAUAGGAACAAGAACUCCUAGUUAGUGUAGAUCUCAUCAUCAAAAAUUCAAUCCAUCGAAACCUACCAUCAAGAUUGCAUAAACGAGAUUGUUAAAAACCAAGCAAUUGGUUAGAUUAUACAUGUAAAAACACAAAGUAAAAGAUGAGGAUGAGGAAUGAGUGAGAUAUUUCUUUUAUGUAAAUAUAAAAAACAAUUUUUUGUUUGA